GAAGCAGUAAUCCAGGGCUUUAACUGGUGUUUUUAAUCCAAAAUGCACCUGCAGAUAUGAACUGUACGGUAUUGUUCACAGUGACGGAAGUGUUUAGGUGUGACACGCAGUCAGACAGGUAUUUCCGGUGAUGUGUGGCCGCUCCGGCUCCUCUCUUCCUGUCCUCCUCUCGCUGACUGGUCCAUUCAGGGAAGUUUAUCGCUCCGCAGACCGCCGACAUGAGGGUCCGCUCGUCGGUGUUCGCCUGCUUCAUCCUGGUGUGUGAAGUGGUCGGCGUUGCCCUCUUCCUGAGGGGAUUUUUCCCGGUUCCGGUGAAGUCUUCCUUCUCCUCCAAGAGCAGGCUGUCAGAUUUACCAGCGGAGCCGCUGGCAGGAAGCCCUCCCAACUCCAGCCGCCUCCCCCAGCCCCUGUUCAGAAGGGUGGUCCUCAUGCUGGUGGAUGCCCUCCGGGAGGAUUUUGUGUUUGGCCCCUCUGGGGGCUAUGACAUGCCCUACACCAGGUCCCUGGUGGAGAAGGGCUCCUCCCUCAGCUUUGUAGCAAAGGCCAGACCCCCUACAGUCACCAUGCCCAGGAUCAAGGCUCUCACCACUGGCAGCAUCCCAGGCUUCAUCGACGUGGUAAUGAACCUGAAUUCUCCUGCACUCCUGGAGGACAACCUCAUCUGGCAGGCCAAAACAGCAGGGAAGAGGAUAGUCUUCUAUGGAGACGACACAUGGGUCCGCCUCUUCCCGAAGCACUUCAUGGAGCACGACGGCACCACCUCCUUCUUUGUGUCCGACUACACUGAGGUUGACAACAACAUAACCCGUCACCUGGACAGCACCCUGAAGAGAGACGACUGGGACAUUCUGAUCCUCCAUUACCUGGGCCUGGACCACAUCGGCCACAUCAGCGGACCCCACAGUUCACUGGUCCAACCCAAACUGCUGGAGAUGGAUGACAUCAUGAAGAAAAUCCACAGCUCUCUUGUUUCUAAGGAGGCAGAGGGGUCUCUGCCCUACCUGCUGGUGCUGUGCGGAGACCACGGCAUGUCUGAGACCGGCAGCCAUGGAGGCUCCUCUGAGCCAGAAGUCAACACAGCUCUGCUGCUCGUCAGUCCAGCCUUCAAAAGGAAAGCUGGAUUGGAGAAGCCUGCAGUGGUGGAGCAAGUCGACCUGGCCCCGACCCUGGCCCUGGGACUCGGGCUGCCCAUAUCUCAGAACAGCGUCGGCCGAGUCAUCCCCGGCGUCUUGGAGGAAGCCCCGCUCCGGGACCAGCUGCGCUUCCUGCAUCUCAAUGGCCACCAGCUCAGCUGCUUGCUGCGAGACAGCAUGGCUGACCACGAGAAAGAGGCCGGCUUCGAACAGUUUCGUGUGGCAGAAAAGGCUCAUGGGAGCUGGAUGAAGCUCUACCUGGAAGGAAAUACCUCUGAGGUGCUGACCAACAUGGGCAAAAAAGUCCUAAAGCAAUACCUGGAGGCGCUGGCUGCCAUGAGUUCAGCUCUGAGCAAACAGCUGGGCAAAUACGACCUGUACUCCAUGAUUGCAGGGAUGGUCUUUGUCUUCCAGCUCCUGUUGGUCUUACUGCUGGCUAUGCCUGAAGCCCUCAGCGGUGCCGCAACAGUGGACCUUCCGGUCCUUUCGUCUCUGCUCUCCCUGCCUUUCUACCUCCUGUGUCUGCUCCUCGCCUCCGUGCACGUGUUGGUGUGCACAUCAGCUGAGAGCUCCUGUUACUUCUGCAGCCUCUCCUGGGGUCUGGUGUUUGCUGCUGUCGCCUUCUCCUCAGCAAUGUUUUGCAUUUUGAUCUCGGUAGCAACACGGAGACUCCCCCUUGGACCAACGAUUCAUGGGAAGUCUCCCAUGAGGAGCUCCGGUGGGGAGUGGUCGCUAUCGGAGCUAGAUGUUUUGCUCUUGGCGGGAACCGUUGCUCACACGCUCAGCUUGGCAGCGAGCAGCUUCGUGGAAGAGGAGCACCAAACCUGGUACUUCCUGCUCAACACGCUCUGUCUCGCCGUCUUCCAGGAUGUGUGCAGGAAGUACUUCAGAGAGGAGAGAAGCUCUGGAGAUGAUGAUGAGCAUCUCCUUCCUUCCAAAGACAGUCACUCCUCUGCUCACCCCAAACCAGAGAUGAUCUCAGAGAAGUGGUUCGCUCUGGCCACGCCUCCCUUCACUCUGGUUUGCUGCCGGCUGCUUCGCUCACUCAACCAAACAGGGGUCCAGUGGGCCCACCUCCCAGACGUCAGUCACUGGCUGAACAGCUCUGAGCAUAAGAUGGUCCUGUCCCUGCUGUCUGCGUUCUGUUUGCUCCUCAUCUACCUCCUGGUUCAAAGACGCUGCUCGCUGGUCUCCAAGGUCGCCCUGGCACUCGGACUCCUGGGCGUCUACAGCUACCGGGCAGCUGUCGGCAAUGUCCUGUUUCCCUGGCAACACUCCGGUCGAACUGCGUCCAAGGGAACAGUGGAGGCACGCUUUGUUUACGUCUUCGUUCUGGGCAUCCUCUUCUCGGGGACCAAGGACCUGCUGAGAUCCCAGAUCAUCACUGCAGAUGCAAAGCUGAAGAGCAGGGGAUUAUGGGAGAUUUACAGCGGCCUGGUUUUGCUGGUUUCCCUCUUGUUUCGGGCCCAUAACCUGCCAGUGCUGUGCUGCUGCCUUUUGAUCCAGACACUCAUGGCUAGGUUUAUCUGGAGGAAACUCCACUAUGACGCAGCCCAGACCACCAUCAUGCACUACUGGUUUGGCCAGGCCUUCUUUUACUUUCAGGGCAACUCCAACAACAUAGGCACCGUCGACAUCUCUGUGGGCUUCGUUGGUUUGGAAAGCUACAUCGAAGCGCCUGCCAUCUUUUUAACAGCUCUCAGCACUUACGCAGGUCCCCUCCUCUGGGCCUGUCACCUCGUCUGCUACCUGAGCUCAGAGAGAGAAAGGAGCCCGGUCGCCGUCAGCCACGGCUGCUACUGUUUGGCCCUGCUGAGGUCGGUGCCGGCUGCAGCCUACAUCGUCCUGGUUACCGUCCUGCGUUACCAUCUCUUCAUCUGGAGCGUCUUCUCCCCCAAAUUGCUCUACGAGUCCAUGCACCUGCUGCUGACCGCGGGCGUCUGUCUCUUCUUCAUCACCAUGGAGCAAAGCCACAGCUCCAGUAAGUCUUAGGGAGGUGAAAGAGAAAGAUCAGAUCCUCGGACUGCUGGGACUCCGUCCUGAGAUGAUGAU